GAAACUACCCAUUGUUACUUACUGCCCAGAUUUUCAGAAUUGCCCACCGGCUGGGAUUCCCUGGGAGCUUCCCACGAAGCAGCAAAAAUAUCAUGGAAAUGUCCGAGAUGUUUAUUUGCAGAACCGACGAGAGCCAAAGAGCAACAAGCGUCUGACAAAAUUGAAGACCGAACAGCAAACAAAUGCAAAUAGUGAUGUCUGUACGGAGAGGGGGAAGAUAUUAAUGAUUAUUCACAUUUCCAGCACCUUUAUAACUGACAUCAGGUUGAGGCUGUACACAAUUGGAGAUAGUCGUGCACUGAGGCUUAACUCUUAUGCAACAUCCGUCUAGCCGUGACAUGCUCGGAAUCUCAGGGCCUUAUCCUGAGAAGCAAGCAGCAGCGGUGCGGGGCAGUUGACUGACUCGCUGGCUGCCGACCAUAUACCACCGCAGCAAUGGUGGAAAGUGAUCCCGUCUCGAUGAAUGUGUUGGCGCGGCGUUGUAUUCCUCGUACGCAUUCUUCUUCUGCGAGUGGAAUUGCGGAGCCGCGUACUACGACUCUGCACAGUCACGGAACGGAAUGCAUUCGUCCGACGCAGUAAACAACGAAGCACCCGAGGCUGAUGGAAUGCAGGGCAGCUUUUGGUGCUGCUGGGCUCAAAAGACCUGUGGUGUCGUGGAGAUGCUCAUUUUCCAGCAUUCACGGCCCUUUCCCCUCAUCUCCCAUGCAGAUAAUCCAAGCCUCGAUCUCCAGCGGCGCUACUCGCAGCAGGUUGAAGCCCUGCCCACUCUCCGGGCACCAUGUCCUAAAAGCAUGACGAGAUGUGAAUAUCCUCUCCUCCCAUCUCCUCUGCUGUCCUGGCCGCAUGAGUGCCGGCUAUGGGCCCCGAGAGUGCCAGCCAGGGUGUUGGUGUCGAGGACGUCGUCACACACACCAUCACCAGAUGUGCAUGAUCCCCCACGCUGUGGCUUCGUGCUACCCUCGAGCCAAGUACUUGAAAACUUUUGCUUCUCUCUUGUGGGACUUCCGAUCCUCCGAUCCGAUGACGACCUCGUCACGAGGAAACCAAAAGAGUCACAUGGUAAAGUUUCCACUAAGCAAAGUAAUGAAAUAUACCUUUCCCAUCAUACACAUAUUUUAUUUAGAUGA